CUGACGUCAAAACAGGAAGCGUUUGUUAAAGCCACGCCAGUGAUGUUUUUACCGCUCAUUUCACAGCAGUAGACAGUUAUUUUUUUGUCUUUACUUACAGACAAACCAGUUGUCUCGUGAAGACGUGUUAAUCACCGGAAACAAAACAGAGACAGACAUGCAGACAGAGAAAGAGGAUGAGGAGGAUUCAUCUCCUGAAGAGUACGUUGCUCUGUGUAGUUUCACUGGAAGCGACAGUGACCAGCUGACUUUCAGCAGCGGGGACAGGCUGCUUGUGCAUGCAAAGACCUCCUCAGAUUGGUGGUGGGCAGAGCUGCAGGGGGUCAAAGGUUAUGUCCCUGCCUGCUACCUGCAGCAGGGUGCAGCUGAAGAGGAGGAGGACGCCUCCCUGGAGGACCCAUGGCAGGAUGAGGAAUACUUCGGCAGUUAUGGGACACUGAGGCUUCACUUGGAGAUGUUGUCAGACAAGAGCCGCACUGAGGCGUACCGACAGGUUGUUCUCAGCAACAGUGCUUCUCUGAGGAGUAAGGUGGUGAUGGACCUCGGCUGUGGGACUGGCAUCAUAAGCCUGUUCUGUGCUCAGCUGGCACAACCCUCAGUGGUGUAUGCUGUGGAGGCGAGCUCCAUGGCAGAGUACACCAGACAGCUGGUGAAGCAGAACGGAUGUGAGGAAGUGGUCACGGUGCUGCAGGGGCGAGCUGAGGAGAUCGAGCUGCCUGAGCAGGUGGACGUCCUGGUGUCUGAGUGGAUGGGUAACUGCCUGCUGUUUGAGUUCAUGGUGGAGUCGGUCCUGCUGGCCAGGGACCGCUGGCUGAGGGAAGGUGGUGUGAUGUGGCCUUCCUCUGCAGCCCUCACCCUGGUGCCCUGUCAGGCUGACAGCUAUUUUGCAGAGAAAAUGGCCUUCUGGGAGCGGCCCUAUGGCCUUGACUUCACCCCUCUUCAGCCUUUGGCACAGCAGGAGUUCUUCACCAAGCCCAAGUUCAGCCACCUCAUUGAGCCCGACGACUGCCUCUCCACCCCCAGUGAUGUCAUCAGCCUGGACAUGUACACUCUGCAAGUCAAAGAUCUGGAGGAAAUUACGGGUCAGUUUCAGUUUUGCGUGACGAAAUCUGGCUUUUUCCAUGGAUUCACCGCCUGGUUCACUGUUUACUUUGAGAGCUUGGGAACAGGGGGUGCAACAGUGGAGCUGAACACCGGACCUAACUCUGAGCCGACACACUGGAAGCAGACUCUGUUCAUGCUGGACAGGCCAGUCAGUGUGUACUCUGGAGACACUAUCAGCGGAAGCGUUCUCCUGUGCAGGAACCCCGUCUGGAGGCGCCACAUGACUGUUACCCUGCACUGGAAGAUUAACAGCAGCACAGAGGAAACUGAUAACUGCCAGGUUGGGACAAAGAGUUUCCCCAUGUGGAGGUGACGACUUAUAACCAUCUCCGUCAGCAGUGGAUGUCCACAGAAAACAAGUCAAAUACAUCGUCUCUUGAGUGUAGGGUCAGUGAGGUAUCAGCUGUAAGCUGCUGCUGGCCUGGAAUGAAAUGUGACUUUCAUAUAAUGAAUGUAGCAGUCAAAGGAGCCUCAUCUGGCUGGACAUGUAGUCGUACUAUUGUGAGCCUGAAACUACAGGCCCAGGUGAUACAGCGCACCAUGAACUGUGUCAAGAGGAAGUUAAAAGAAGUUGUUAUGUGCUCAUGAAUGAACUGUGGAGCAACACUAACCUGGACUUAAAAAGAGGCUUUAUAGACAACCUCCUUUAUCGUCAUUUGUCAACCAAAUGAAACAACAAAUUGUUUCUGAAAGAUAUUUGUUGUCUCAAUGUGCAACAAAAGAAAUGGUAAACACUAUGUUUUUAUGCCCAUUUUACUCGCUGUGCAUAGUGUUCUACAAUACGCAUUUCAUUUACAUUGUCAUUUGUACAAGUGCUACACAUGCCAGUAGUCUUGUCUGGAUAUAAGAAAA